GUGGGGAGCCUCAUUCUGGAAGAGGCUUUGAAAGUGCUCUCCAGCCAGGGCCAUCCGAGGUCCUGUAGAAAGCAGCCAUGAACCCUUCAGAAGACCCCAGCAACCCAAAAGCCAGCCCCAAGGUCAGGGGCCUGGAGACAGACCUGGAGACCAGUUCAGGUGGGAAGCCGGGCGGCCAUCAGAAGGCCAUCCCCUCUACUCACCUGACUUUCGUCAUCGACUGUGCUCGGGGCAGACAGAUCUCCCUGAUGGCGCCCCCAGCGCUGCCCCGAGCCCCCAGUCCUAAUCCAGGAGCUGUCACCGCACCAAUGAAGACAUAUAUCUUGUUCUGUGGAGAAAACAGACCCCAUCUGACUCAGGAGGGCCCCCCGGGUAGGGGACGCCUUGCCCAGGCCAGGGGUACUGUGCCACCCUGCAGAGGGGAUGGGGCCCCGGCUUCGUCUCCAGCCAGCCCACUGGUCCCCCAGGAGGCUCCAGAAGCCAAGGGGAGCCCCUCUAAGUCUGUGCCCUCGAGGCCCUCCGCUUGGGAAACUGUCAUAGGCUCCCUCAAAGCCCUCUCCUCCUGUGUCUGUGGGCAGGCAGAUUAACCGGAAGAGCCCAGCCAUGGAGGAGGGGGCUGUUGGCACACCAGGCUCGAGAGCUGGGAGACUGCAACCCCAGACCCUACCCUUCUUCCCAGCCAAGCAGAAGUCUCUUGUGCCUGAGCCACGGAAGGGCCUCGAAUCGCUCAAGGACAUCUGAAACAGCCACGAGUACACAUUCAAGGGUAUCCGCCUUCUUCCUACCUUUUUGAGCCUUUGAGCAGAAGCAGGAUCAGGCGAAUCUACAUGGAAAGAGACCAGUUCAUUCAUACAGCAAAUUCUAAGGCAGCACCUUCCGCAUCAGGCUCUGCGAAGUGCUAGGGAAGGAGCUCCUCCUGGGGCUGUGGGCGGGGGCGGUUUGGGAAAGGGCUAAAUAUGUAACCAAAUAAAGAUGAUUUUGA